UUGGGGCAGAUAGAAAAUGGCUGUCUGUAUAGCUUAGGGAUUGUUGUUAUUGUAUCUUUAAAAAUUAUCCUAAGCAUUUUUUUUAACUUAUUAGGUUUUUUUUUUACUCUUCAAGAAAAAUUUUAGAUAUUAAAAUUUUAUUUUAAUCGAAAAACUUCUAAUGUUCCUUCUUAUAUGCCUGUGCAUAUGAAAAUUUCGAAAUUUUUUGAAUGUGUUGGUGUUCCUGGGUAAAAAGUUGUCCUCUUGUCACUUCUUUUUCUUUUUUCUUUUUAUUCUUUUGAAUGUAUUAGAUUGUCAUCUUUGCAGAUAGUUAUUUGUAUAAAUCAUCUGAACGAGCAACAUAGAAAUUCGUUUCCACUAAAACAAAAAAGAAAAUUAAAAUCGCCGCAAUGAACUUGCCACACGAACCCCCAGCUGAAGACAGCAUUAAAGUCGUCUGCCGUUUUCGGCCUUUAAACGAUGCUGAAGAAAAGGCUGGAAGUAAAUUCAUUGCUAAAUUCCCACCUGGUACAGAGGAAUGUCUUUCCUUUACGGGUAAACUUUAUAUGUAUGAUAAAAUAUUUAAACCUAAUGCUACACAAGAAAAAGUAUAUAGUGAAGCAGCAAAGGCUAUAGUUAAAGAUGUUCUCAUGGGCUACAAUGGAACAAUAUUUGCAUAUGGACAGACAUCUAGUGGAAAAACACAUACUAUGGAGGGUGUUUUAGGUGAUCCUGUUCAUCAGGGAAUUAUUCCUCGAAUUGUUAAUGAUAUUUUUAAUCAUAUUUAUUCCAUGGAUGAAAACAUAGAGUUCCAUAUCAAAGUAUCCUAUUUUGAAAUUUAUUUAGAUAAAAUUCGGGAUCUCCUUGAUGUUUCUAAAACCAAUUUGUCUGUUCAUGAAGACAAAAACAGAGUACCUUAUGUUAAGGGUGCAACUGAGAGAUUUGUGACAAGCCCAGAGGAAGUAAUGGAAGUCAUUGAUGAGGGUAAAGCAAAUCGUCACAUUGCUGUAACAAACAUGAAUGAACACAGCUCUCGAAGUCACAGUGUUUUCCUCAUCAAUGUGAAACAAGAAAAUUUAGAAAAUCAAAAGAAACUUAGUGGGAAAUUGUACUUAGUAGAUUUAGCUGGCAGUGAAAAGGUUAGUAAAACUGGUGCUGAAGGCAUGGUUCUGGAUGAAGCUAAAAAUAUUAACAAAUCACUUUCUGCUUUAGGAAAUGUCAUAUCUGCUCUAGCUGAUGGCAAUAAAAGUCACAUCCCUUACAGAGACAGUAAGCUGACUCGUAUAUUACAAGAGAGCUUGGGAGGCAAUUCUCGUACAACCAUUAUCAUCUGUUGUUCCCCAGCAUCUUACAAUGAAUCGGAAACCAAAUCCACACUUGAAUUUGGCCGAAGAGCUAAGACUAUCAAGAACACAGUUACAGUGAAUGAAGAAUUGACAGCAGAAGAAUGGAAGCGGCGAUGGGAGAAAGAAAAGGAAAAGGUUGCCAAACUUAAAGGGCAGUUAUCUAGGGCAGAAGCAGAACUUAAUAGAUGGAGAAAUGGUGAAUCUGUUCCCCAAGAUGAGCAACUACUUACAAAAGAUCUCGAAGCAAGUACUUUGUCAUUGAGUGAUACAUCUUCAGUGACCAACAUUCCUGCCACAAUCACUCAGGUAUCAGCUGAACCCGUAGGCAAUGAUGAAAGAGUGAAAUUCGAGGAAGAGCGAAUCCGAUUGUAUGCACAGUUAGACGAGAAGGAUGAUGAAAUCGAUCGACAAAGCCAACUCAUUGAGAAACUGAAAGAGCAAAUGCUUGAACAAGAAGAGUUGAUUGCUUCUAUCCGCCGAGAUUAUGAACUUGUCCAGCAAGAAAUGACUCGCAUUCAGCAGGAGAACGAAUCUGCGAAAGAGGAAGUGAAGGAGGUUCUUCAGGCAUUAGAAGAACUUGCAGUCAAUUAUGAUCAGAAAUCCCAAGAGGUAGAGACCAAAAAUCGUGAAUUUGAACAGCUGAGUGAGGAGCACAGCCAGAAAUUGGCCAGCCUAAAUAACACUGUGAAUGAGUUACAGCAACUUCGUGAGACUACCCUCCACCAGAAGAAGCGUAUGACAGAGAUGCUCACAAACCUCCUUAAAGACUUGGGGGAAAUUGGAAUUGUACUUGGGGGAGGUCUGGGUGACACACGAGCUACUGGUGAUCUCUCUGGAAAAGUGGAUGAAGAAUUCACUGUUGUCAGAUUGUACAUCAGUAAAAUGAAGUCAGAGGUCAAGGCUUUGUCACAACGUUGUAGUCAGCUAGAGAGUUUUCAGAUUGAUAGCAAUAGAAAAGUAGAGAGUUACGAAAAAGAUCUUGCUGAGUGUCGUCUUCUUAUUAGUCAAUAUGAAGCGAAGAUGAAGUCUCUGCAAGAGACGAUCCGAGACAAUGAAAAUAAAAAGCGAAGUUUGGAGGAAGAGGUGGAUGCUUUGACAGAAGAAUGUGCUAAACUGAAAUCUGCAAAAGAGAUGCACAUUAUGGCUUCCCGAGAGAAAGAAAAAGAGAAGGAUAGUGCAGAAAAAAUGAAAGAAGCUCUUGAGCAACAAAUUGAGAAACAUCGAGAAGCACACCAGAAACAGUUAGCACAACUUAGGGAUGAGAUUGCAGAGAAGCAAGCUCAUAUCGACCAGCUUAAGGAUGUUAACCAAAAACUCUCAUUGGCCCAAGAGCGGCUUCAGCUUGAUUAUGACAAGUUGAAGCAGGAUGAUCAGGAAAAAACACAGAAAUUGCAAGAGCUUAUGUUAAUGAGUGAUCGGCGAGAACAAGCUCGACAAGAUCUUAAAGGGCUGGAGGAAACUGUUGCAAAAGAACUUCAAACUUUACAUAAUUUACGUAAGUUGUUUGUUCAAGACUUACAAAGUCGUGUGAAGAAGUCGGCCAUUGGGGAUGACAGUGAGGACAAUGGGGGCAGUUUGGCUCAAAAACAAAAAAUCUCUUUCCUAGAGAACAAUCUGGAUCAACUCACUAAAGUCCACAAGCAGUUGGUGCGAGAUAAUGCAGACUUGCGAUGCGAGCUUCCAAAGCUUGAGAAAAGGCUUCGUGCUACCAUGGAACGUGUCAAGGCCUUGGAGCAGGCUCUCAAAGAGGCCAAGGAGAGUGCUAUGAGAGACCGGAAAAGAUAUCAACAUGAAGUUGAUCGUAUCAAGGAAGCGGUGAGACAGAAAAAUCUGGCCAGAAGGGGCAACAUGGCUCAUAUUGCUAAACCCAUCAGGGCUGGUCAGCCACACAGUGGAAGUGGAAAUCCUGGAAUUAGGCCUACUAGCAUAUCCCACAGCAAUCAAAGGAGGUCGUAAAGCUGUUUCUCCAAUCAAAAAUUCAAAUGAAAGUUAAUAUCUUGUCAAUCUGAGAGGGAUGGACUUCUCUGGAGGGUGCUUCUGAUUUGCUUCCAUCUGUCCAGGGAUCAUCAGUCUUCUUCAACUCAGCUGCACUCGGACAGUAUUUAUUCAUGUACAUAAAGAAAAAAAAAUUUCCUACUAACAGCAAACCAGUUCCCGGUUUUAAUAUUUAUUUGGUUUAUCAUACUUAAGUUUGUAUUUUUUAAACAAAUUUAGAUAUUUAUAUUAAAAGAAAUCUGAGCAUACAUGAAAAAUAUUGUUGGCAAAUGCUGUAAAGCUGUUAGAAUCUGUGAUCUGGCAUUGUAAUUAUUAAAUAUUUUCUCUUUAUUUACUAUGUGAUUAUGAAAAAUGUAUUAUUCAAUCUAGAUUUUAUUUAUUUGGGUUGUUUUUAUAAAUUAUUUUACUUGGUUUUAUCUAAAUUAAUUUAAUCUAUGCAAGCAAGCAAGAAAUAGGGAAUGGGAGAAAUCAGAAAGUGAAUGCCUGUGCAUAAUUUUUUAUACUGAAAGAUUCUAUUAUUUAAAUUUGUAGUAGCUCAUUUUGUUUAAAAUUUAUCUUUUACAAAGUUUUAAUUGGAGGUCCUAGGGAAUCAUUUAUAAUAAUCCUAUAAAAUACACAUUUAUAAUUUUAUUUUAAAAUUUUGUAUUUAUCUUGUUUCUAACUUACGUGUUCAAGUGCGUAAAUUUCAGCCAUUUGCAAAUAUUACUAAUGUUAAAUUCAACCCCCCCCCACACACACACAUACACUGCUAAACUCAAAAGAAAUAUCUCAUCUUUUCAAUGGUGGUUUUAACAUUCUUUAUGAGUUACUAAAUCUUAAUUUAUAAACAAAUGAGGUAAGAUUGAUUGGUAAUAUGCUGCUAAAAAAAAAAAAAAAAAAAAAACUUAAAUCUGAUUUUUUUUUUUUCAGAAAUUAAUAAAGUAGUUUGUCUCCAUCUAUGAAAUGUGGGAUACUACAAUUUGAUAUCAGUUUGAAAUAAGGCUUCAUUUAAAGAAUUUUUGAAAAAAAAAAUGUUUUGAAUAUUUUGAAAGUAACAAAAAAAAUGGAAUAUUUCUCAGCAUGUUUUAUCCUUUCAGUGGUACACACAGUUUCCUUUUUAAAAAUGAUAUUAGUGAACAUAUCCAUAAAGAUGAUUUCUAGUAGAUAUGUUUUCUUUAUAAGAUUUUUUUAAUAAUUGAUCAUCAAAAGACUGCCAUUUAGUUAUAAAAAAAUACUUUAAAAAAGUAGUUUUGAAAGAAAACCACCAACCAUCGAUUUAAAUUAAAAGAAUUUAGAAUGAUUUUGAGUAAUUAAUUUAAAGAUGCAAUGAAUGAUUGGCAACCACAACUGAUAUGGAUGUAUACUGCUUUAUUAUGUCUACAUUUCUAAGUAGAUAUUUAUCCUGGAGUUUAUAUGAGGACCGUAGAAAAUGUUUCCAUAUAUCAUUUUAUAAAAUGCAGUAUAAAAAAACUUUUUUUAACUGCUUACAACUUGAAGAUUUUUUGUCUUUUCUAUAGUAAAAAGGGAACUGUUUUAUGAAAUAACACCUUGAUGUAUUUGUAAUGUUUGUUUCCUGGUGGCUUAAAUGAGUAAUACAAUAUUUUUUAUGUUAAAAGAAAGUUUAAAUAAUUGGUGAGGGCCUUAUAAAAACUAAUUUUCUCCAAUAGCACUGGCAUGCAAUGCUACAUACAACAAAGAAUGUUUUGCAGCUCUAUUUGUGAUAUAUUAUAGGGACAGAAACCCUGGAUUUAAAAAUUAACUUAUUUUUCCAGUUGCUUUCUUAGUUUAAAUGCAAUCAUUAUUUUGUAAUAUUUAAUGUCUGUGUUUUUGUAGUGUUUGAUAUAAUUUUUAAUAAAUCUCUCUGCUUCCUAAGUACAAGGUUUAUUUUUUAUUUGAAUAUUCUUUAUGCUUUUAAAAGAGGUUACUUCUGCAUUUUAUUAUAAAAAAUGCCUUAGAAAAUCCAAUGAAAUGGCAUAAAUUUGACCAAAGAAAUCAUGACAUUCUGUGAUUUUUGUUUCCCCUUGAUUGAAAGAACUGCUUCAUUCUAUCUGUGCCUUUUGAAAAUCAGUCUUUUUAUUUCUCUGUGUAUAAAUCUUUUUUAGAUAAAUAUUGAUGAAUUAUAUUUGUAUUCAUCGGCUAUCUUCAAUAAAUUAUUUCUGACUGCUC